AUGUUCAUUGUAACCCCCAAGCCUGCGGAGCAGGGAGAGCGCCCUGCCCGAGUGCCCAGCAGCCAGCGGAGCAGGGAGCGCCCUGCCCGAGUGCCCAGCAGCCUGCGGAGCAGGGAGAGCGCCCCUGCCCGAGUGCCCAGCAGCCAGCGGAGCAGGGAGAGCGCCCUGCCCGAGUGCCCAGCAGCCAGCGGAGCAGGGAGAGCGCCCUGCCCGAGUGCCCAGCAGCCAGCGGAGCAGGGAGCGCCCUGCCCGAGUGCCCAGCAGCCUGCGGAGCAGGGAGAGCGCCCUGCCCGAGUGCCCAGCAGCCAGCGGAGCAGGGAGAGCGCCCUGCCCGAGUGCCCAGCAGCCAGCGGAGCAGGGAGCGCCCUGCCCGAGUGCCCAGCAGCCUGCGGAGCAGGGAGAGCGCCCUGCCCGAGUGCCCAGCAGCCUGCGGAGCAGGGAGAGCGCCCCUGCCCGAGUGCCCAGCAGCCUGCGGAGCAGGGAGAGCGCCCUGCCCGAGUGCCCAGCAGCCAGCGGAGCCGGGAGCGCCCUGCCCGCGUGCCCAGCAGCCUGCGGAGCAGGGAGAGCGCCCCUGCCCGAGUGCCCAGCAGCCUGCGGAGCAGGGAGAGCGCCCUGCCCGAGUGCCCAGCAGCCAGCGGAGCAGGGAGCGCCCUGCCCGAGUGCCCAGCAGCCAGCGGAGCAGGGAGAGCGCCCUGCCCGAGUGCCCAGCAGCCAGCGGAGCAGGGAGAGCGCCCUGCCCGAGUGCCCAGCAGCCAGCGGAGCAGGGAGAGCGCCCUGCCCGAGUGCCCAGCAGCCAGCGGAGCAGGGAGCGCCCUGCCGAGUGCCCAGCAGCCUGCGGAGCAGGGAGAGCGCCCUGCCCGAGUGCCCAGCAGCCAGCGGAGCAGGGAGCGCCCUGCCCGAGUGCCCAGCAGCCUGCGGAGCAGGGAGAGCGCCCUGCCCGAGUGCCCAGCAGCCAGCGGAGCAGGGAGCGCCCUGCCCGAGUGCCCAGCAGCCUGCGGAGCAGGGAGAGCGCCCCUGCCCGAGUGCCCAGCAGCCUGCGGAGCAGGGAGAGCGCCCCUGCCCGAGUGCCCAGCAGCCUGCGGAGCAGGGAGAGCGCCCUGCCCGAGUGCCCAGCAGCCUGCGGAGCAGGGAGAGCGCCCCUGCCCGAGUGCCAGCAGCCUUGCGGAGCAGGAGAGCGCCCUGCCCGAGUGCCCAGCAGCCUGCGGAGCAGGGAGAGCGCCCCUGCCCGAGUGCCCAGCAGCCUGCGGAGCAGGGAGAGCGCCCUGCCCGAGUGCCCAGCAGCCUGCGAGCAGGGAGAGCGCCCUGCCCGAGUGCCCAGCAGCCAGCGGAGCAGGGAGCGCCCUGCCCGAGUGCCCAGCAGCCUGCGGAGCAGGGAGAGCGCCCCUGCCCGAGUGCCCAGCAGCCUGCGGAGCAGGGAGAGCGCCCUGCCCGAGUGCCCAGCAGCCAGCGGAGCAGGGAGAGCGCCCUGCCCGAGUGCCCAGCAGCCAGCGGAGCAGGGAGAGCGCCCUGCCCGAGUGCCCAGCAGCCUGCGGAGCAGGGAGAGCGCCCUGCCCGAGUGCCCAGCAGCCUGCGGAGCAGGGAGAGCGCCCUGCCCGAGUGCCCAGCAGCCUGCGGAGCAGGGAGAGCGCCCUGCCCGAGUGCCCAGCAGCCAGCGGAGCAGGGAGAGCGCCCCUGCCCGAGUGCCCAGCAGCCUGCGGAGCAGGGAGAGCGCCCUGCCCGAGUGCCCAGCAGCCAGCGGAGCAGGGAGCGCCCUGCCCGAGUGCCCAGCAGCCUGCGGAGCAGGGAGAGCGCCCUGCCCGAGUGCCCAGCAGCCAGCGGAGCAGGGAGAGCGCCCUGCCCGAGUGCCCAGCAGGCCUGCGGAGCAGGGAGAGCGCCCUGCCCGAGUGCCUAGCAGGCCCUGCGGAGCAGGGAGCGCCCUGCCCGAGUGCCCAGCAGCCAGCGGAGCAGGGAGCGCCCUGCCCGAGUGCCCAGCAGCCAGCGGAGCAGAGUAGCGCCCCUGCCCGAGUGCCCAGCAGCCUGCGGAGCAGGGAGAGCGCCCUGCCCGAGUGCCCAGCAGCCAGCGGAGCAGAGUAG